GCCCGGACUCCUGGGUUCUCUGGCAGGGGAAGGGGGGGGCUAGUGGUUAGGGUGUGGCUGGCAGCCCGGUCCCCUGGGUUCUGGCCCCAACUGUUCAGGGCUAGUGGGGCCCAUCCCCCUCCAUCGUUCUGGUCUCCUAGUUUUGCUUCCCCUUUUCUCGUCCGCGUGGCUCUGCUGCGGCCGCUGGGCUGGAAGGUGCCGCCCUCUGGUUGCCAAAUCGCUGCCCCCGGGCUCCCGCCAGCCCUUCCCCCUCCCUUCACCGCCCUCCCUGCCCCACCCGCAGCAGCCAUUCACUCAAGUGGGCAUGGAUGUAAUCUCUUCCAGGAAGCCUAUGCGUGCCUCAGUUUCCCCCCAUGUGCUGCCGGGUUACCUGGAGGGUGGAGCCCCCCCAGGCCAACGAGGCCCCAUCCGGCCACCUGAACCUGAAGCGCUCCUCCGCCUGCACCAACGUCUCGCUGCUGAACCUGACGGGUGACGACUCUGAGUCCACGGACGACGGGGCCGGGCGGGGGGCUGCCCCCCUCAGCCCCCCCCUGCCCUCUGGGGACCCUGCUUGGUCUGAGGAUGACACAGACCCCCCCACCCCACUGGACAUGGUGAACAGCGGUCUGGUGCGCGCCAAGGACUCUGUCACCAGCCUCAAGGAGCGGGCGUCCCGGGUCAACCGGCGGGUUCAGAGCCUCCAGAGCGAGUGCUCGAUGCUGUGUGACAACCUGGAGCGCCGGCGAAGGGAGGCCGAGGACCUGGAGAAAUACUGCACCCAGCUCCAGGAGAGUUGCCAUAAGGUCAGCCAGUCGGUGGAAGAUGCCGAGAUCAAGACCAACGCGCUCAAGAAAAGCUCCGUCCUGCUGGAGGAGAAGCUGCGGAUGCUACAGCACCAGGCGCAGGGCGGGGAGCUCAGCGGGCAGGAGCCGGAGCAGCGUGCGGCCACAGAGAUCGCCAAGCCCAACCAGGACACGGCGGGGGGCAGCCCCACAGACCUCGUCGGCACCCCACAGGGCGUGCAGGGCAGGGAGCCAGGCUCUGCGCUGGAGGAAUCCAGGCAGGGGGCUGUGCUGCGGAUGAUCGAGAGGCUGGGGGCCCAAUGGGAACGGGAGCACCAGGAGCUGCAGGACCGGCUGGACGAAGCCUUCAGCACGGCGAACCGCACGGCCCAGGCCCUGAGCCAGCUCCACACCGAGCUCGAGGGGCUGCGGCAGGUCAAGCCGCUGCUGGAGGACGUGGCCCAUCAGCUGGGGAGCCUCAGGGCCCUGGAGCUGCACGACCGGCCCCCCACCAGCUGUGCCAGCCAGGGCUGCGUCAGCACCCAGAGCCUGGGGCAGAUGGUGGAGCGCGCGGUGACGCCCCUGCUGGAGGAGCUGAGGCACUGCGGGCUCCCCCCGACCCCCUGCCCCGCCUGCCAGCGCCUGCAGAAAAAGAUCCGGGAGCUGGAGCAGGCCGCGUUGGAGACCCACGCACGAGCGGAGACCCUGAGCUCCAACCUGCGCCUGGCCCAGGACGAAGCCCUGAGAGCUAAGACCUAUGUGGAACGGGUGCGGCUCAGCCCCCAGGAGAAGCCCCCCGGCCUGGACCCCCUCCACGCCCGGCUCAGCUCCCUGCAGGCCCAGCUGUCCCAGGAUGGGGGGCCCCAGCCGCCGGCGCCGCCCCAGCCGCACUGACUCCCACCGCACCCACCAAUAAAGCGCCCGCCCUGGCCCUGGGCCUGCGUCUCCGCCCCUGCGUGUGUGUCUCUCUCCGGGGAGAGGGGGCAGCAGCCCAGGGCUCUGCCGUGGGGUAUGCCAUGCGCUCUAGGGCAGAUAUCUUUAGAGGGGGAGGCAUCUAAUGACCCCCCCACACCGUGACAGAGGACUCACAUUCGUUGCUGUUGGACCUUUAUUACCUGGCCGCAGUUGCAGCCAGUGACGCCAGGCUCAGCCCUCCGCCCCCGCCGCUGGGUGGGCCCUGCCCCCCCCAGUCACAAUCCCCCUUUACAAAUAACACAAAAGCAAACAACUGGGGGGGGCCCUACCCCAGACACCCCGUCAAUGGCUGCAGGCCCGGCUGAAAACCCAUUUUUUCUGUGUGUGGGGGGGAUAAGAAUGGCAAAGUCUCCCCCCCCAUUUCCUGGGGGCCCAUGGGGUAGCUAAAGUGUCACGUUCGGUGGAAGGGGGGGGCCAGCAGAAGGUGGGGGCUUUGUACCCAGCCCAAGCAGCGCCCCCCCACCGCUGUACCAGCCAGUGCCAUGAUGGGGAAAUGCCCCUCCCCUGGGCCAAAUCCUGCCCCCU